AAUUAUUUGAUAGGCUCGGGCAGACUCUCUCUCUCUCUCUCUCUUCAUCCAUGAAUUGCAGCAAAACCCCUUAUUCAACUACCGCCAUAGCCUCAAACUUAGCUGCACAAAAACUUGAACUUACAGUAAUUUUUUAACUUUAUCUUCUUAUUCUUUCAUGGCUCUGGUCAUGAUUGUGAGCAAACUAUAAGCGAUGAAGCUCAUUCAAGCCGCCUCCACUCAACCCAAAGCUUCCCAUUUUUGGCUUAAUAAUGGAGGACCCACUUGCAUUCUAAGCCCGCCCUCGGCCUUUUCAUACACCAAAGUUAAUUCCUUUAACUCUAGGUCUCUCUCAGUAUGUGGCCUUUGUAGGAUCCUUCAUCAAAAUAAAGUUGCUAUCAACUGUAUGAUUAUCUCAGCAAUGAGCAAUGUUUGUGUCUCUAGACCAUAUGGCACUCACCAUCAAUCAGUUUUGUUGCUGUCUCCAAAAGAAAAGCAUGGAAAUGGAAUCCUUAGAAUCAUUUCCACAUGCAAGUCAACAUUGAUCUCUCCAACUGCUCCUCUCAUUGGCCGUCCACCCUCAUCUUUGGUGUUGGCUGCACAACUUACUCCAUCUGAGGCUCCCCAACGUUCAGAAGAAUGGUUUGCCCUUCGCAAGGACAAGCUGACCACAAGCACUUUCAGCACUGCCUUGGGCUUUUGGAAAGGAACCCGUCGCUUUGAGCUCUGGCAUGAGAAAGUCUUUGAAUCAGAAGUAGAAAUUGUGGAAACUUCUAAAAAGUGUGCCAUGGAGUGGGGUGUGCUCAAUGAAGCAGAGGCUAUAGACCGGUACAGAAGCAUCACAGGUCGUGAGGUGAGCUCAUUAGGGUUUGCAACUCAUUCAGAGGAGAGUUUUGGUUGGAUGGGUGCUUCCCCUGAUGGUCUUCUUGGUUGCUUUCCAGGAGGUGGGAUCCUGGAAGUAAAGUGCCCAUAUAACAAGGGGAAGCCCGAGACUGGUCUGCCCUGGUCAACUGUGCCAUUCUAUUACAUGCCUCAAGUGCAGGGUCAAAUGGAGAUAAUGGACAGAGAAUGGGUUGAUUUGUAUUGCUGGACGCCAAAUGGAAGCACAAUAUUCCGUGUACAUAGAGACCGUGCUUAUUGGGAUAUGAUACAUGCCAUUUUACGAGAAUUUUGGUGGGAAAAUGUGAUUCCUGCCAGGGGGGCUCUGUCACUGGGGAGCAAAGAAGCGGCCAUGUCAUAUAAGCCAUCAUCUACACACAAACAAACAGGACUUGCCAUUGUCAAGAGUCUGAAGUUGGCUAGUGAGUCAAAGUUGUUUUGUAGGGAGAUUGCUGGUCAUAUUGAAUUUUAUAGGUGAUAAUGUAUUCCCAAGUAAAAAGGCUAAGCAAAUGACUCCUAUUUUGGUGCUUCCUAUUUUUAAUAUGUAUUCCGUUGGUUCUCCAUGUAUUUGUUUAUCGGCUCUCAUUGUAAACUUAUAAAUCUCAUUGAUAAGAUAUUUUUUCUUUUCA